AGUGUGUGUGUAUCUAUGCCCUGUGUGGUGUUGUGUGUAAUGCGGUCGGGGCUGAGCGGCUAAUUGACAGUAGCUUAGCAAAGCGUCAGUGUGCUAACUAACUGAGAGCGGAGGGAUAAACUCGCAGUACCGGGGCUGGGAUGCCUGUCAGCGGGAGGAGCUGAGCGGUGUUUAUCGGGGGAAGGGCCGGAGCAGAGUGGCGGGGAUGUUGCUUUGCCAUGGGAAACGUUUUCGCCAGAAAGGGACGCCCGAGUCGAGUCACCGAGCAGGACAGGGCCGUUCUGCAACUGAAACAGCAGCGAGAUAAGCUGAAGCAGUACCAGAAGAAACUCACGCUGCAGCUUGAGAAAGAGAGGCUUCUAGCCAAACAGCUCCUGAAGGAUGGAAAGAAGGAGAGAGCUAUUCUAUUGCUCAAGAAGAAGCGCUAUCAGGACCAGCUUUUGGACAAGACUGAGACCCAGAUAAGCAACAUAGAGCGUAUGGUUCAAGACCUUGAAUUCGCUCAGAUUGAAGUCACGGUCCUAGAAGGGCUGAAAGUUGGCAAUGAAUGCCUGAAGAAAAUGCAUGAGGUCCUGUCCAUUGAAGAGGUGGAGAGGAUAAUGGAGGAGACACAGGAGGCCAUACAAUAUCAGAAGCAAGUUGACGAGAUCCUUGCUGGCUCCCUGAAUCAGGAGGACGAGGAGGCUGUGCUCGCAGAGCUGGAGGCCAUCACUCAGGAUGAGGAUGUUUCACUUCCCGAGGUGCCUGCUGAGCCCCUGCCCACACUGCCUAAAGAGGAGAAGGAGAAAAAAGCAGCGGGAGUCAAGCAGGAUGGAGAGAUGCUGGCAGCGUAGUGACGCCCCACUGUCUCGAAGAACGGUUUGAUCACACAUAAUCAGCCUCACAUGUCACUUCUUCUUCUCUUUGAUCUGAGCAUUAGUGGAGCACAAGUACACUUUUUUCCCUUCUUUAUUUAUUUUUUUGUCCAUUGUUUAUGAAGCUUCAUUUGUCUUGAAGGUACAUCAGCACCAAUUUUAACUAUUUUAAUUUGAUGAUAAGAGAAAUGUUGGAUUUAUGUUGAAUGAAGGAUGGAUUCGAAGAAUGUUUUUUUUGUUUGUACCCAAAUGAUAAGGUUGAAAUGUCAGAUUUGGUUCAGUUUUAUGUUGACUUAUAUUUGACAGCAACAUCUGUUGCUUUUAGUUGCAAAGAAUUUGAAAUAUAUUUAUACAUCUCUGGAAAAAAAUAAGAGAGCACCUCAGUUUCUGAAUCAGUUUCUCUGAUUUUGCUAUUUAUAGUUUCAGAAAUGGCUGAAAUAACAAAAAAUGCAAAGCUUUCAGACCUUAAAUAAUGCUAAGAAAACAAGUUCAUAUUCAUGAAGUUUUACGAGUUCAGAAAUCAAUAUUUAGUGGAAUAACCCUGGUUUUAAUCACAGUUUUCAUGCAUAUUGGAAUGUUCUCCUCCACCAGUCUUACACACUGCUUUUGAAUAACUUUGUCACUCCUGGUGCAGAAUAUAUUCCAGAGGUUUUCAAUUUGGUAAAAUCAAGGAAAAACAUCAUCAUUAAGUGGUCUCUUAUUUGUUUCCAGAGCUGUAUAUGUUUUUAGGCAGCUUUGACCCUGUUUACACCUGGUUACUAUGUGAGCAGUAUAUCUGGAUUGUAUUCUGAUAAGAUUUUAACUGCUAGCAUUUGCACUUCACCCACUCCACUGUCAGCAAAUCUUUAUCUUUUAUUCAAAAAAAGAAUGUGUGUUAAGUUUCUGUUUUUACUGUAAUUCCCUUUUUUGAAAUAACCAUAUAUCGACCAUUAUUCUUUUUUAUUGCACUUAUUUUUUUACAUGAAAACAAAAUCUAAACAUGGUAAAGAAAAUUAAUUUUUUUUUGUAAUAGCAUUUUCUUUGAAUAGCGAAAUGCUUUCACACCUGCCUUGUUUGGUCUAGACCUUCAGAUUUUAAGUUUUGGUCUUAACCAAAGUAGCAGGUGUUAAAGGGGCCGUGAACCAUGGUCCGGGAUAAAAGAUCAGAGUUUGGUCCGACCAAAAGAGGUGUUCUCCAUCUGGUUUGCCUGCUUUGUGAAACAUUUUUCUAGACGGUACAGACUUUUAGACGAAUCACAGGAAGUUGAUUCAAUCUUUAAACAAACCAGAAGAAAACAUAAUUUUUGUUUCAGUGCAUUUUUAUUUAAAUAUGUAGUAAUAAUAUGUAGUUUGGCAAGAUAAAGAUAAUCCUAAUCCAGAUCUUCGAAAUACAUGAAGUGAUCAGGGUCGUUGACAGUAUUGGACCCCUGGAAAUGUAUUUUUAUUGUUGUAGACUGCAAGUAUUUGCACAAUAUGAUUUCUGCUGAUGUAAAAGAUUAUUUAUUACGUUUCUUAGCAUAAUAUAUUUUAAAGAUAAUGUCAGAUGAAAAAAAGAAACAUCUGACCUUUUCUUUUCUGCUUUGUACAUCCAUAUCAGUGUUGAUGAGGAAAGGAUUUGCUCUUCAGUAUUGUGCUGUAAUAGCAUGACCACCAGGGGGAUCUUUAUCAGCUUUAGAGCCCCUAGUGGAUACCUGCACUGGUCCCUGGGUAUGACUGACAGUUCUGAUGAAAUAUCUGGAAAUGAAGUGGAUAUACAUGGAAAUAUAGUGUGGAAAUAUUGUAAUCCACAUGAGAAUGUUUUUUUUUUUUUUUUUUUUUUCUUUUUUUCAUUUUAAAGUAAAUGUGUGCAGAUCAGUUUUACAGCAUUGCUCAGUAUGUACUGUAUAAAUGACCAAGUUUUAUUUAUGAAUGGGGAGCAGAAGGUGGGGAGGGGAGGGGGUGGCGUUAUAAAACUUCAAGCAUCUUACACCAUACUCAAUUUGUACUGUAAUUCUGAAAUAAUUUAUUUAUAAAUGACUCAGUUCUCUCUUGUAACAGGUAACAAGUACCUGACUUUGCUGUGCUGUAUAGACACUUUUGGUAUGUUGUGUAAUUCUCUGCUCUCGUUAAUAAAGCGUGCAGUUUUGA